UGAAGAACAGAGCUGAGGUUUGGAUUUCGUUGCUGGUGGUCGACCGGGUCAACCUCUUCGAAAGACAUGUGGAAGCCUCAUCGAUGUUCAUGAGAGUGACCAUUUAAAACGUUCAUUAUACAAAAAAAACAACCAUUGGAGAGUUGAAUAUCCCUUCAGACGUCUGCUGCGGAGGAUUUAAAUUCCUCUGAGCUCGGAGAUAAAAACCAGAAAUCCUUUGGAGCAGCGGAAGGAGACAAGGAAAGAUGUCCUCCUCCUACCAUUCAUCAUCCCGGAGUUCAUCCCGGAACACUGACUGCAAAGUGUACGUGGGGGACUUGGGUAAUGGCGCCGCCAAAGGGGAGCUGGAGCGAGCAUUCAGUUACUACGGCCCGCUGAGAAGUGUCUGGGUGGCAAGGAACCCACCCGGUUUUGCUUUUGUGGAGUUUGAGGAUCCAAGAGAUGCAGAAGAUGCUGUGAAAGGAAUGGAUGGAAAGGUUCUUUGUGGUUCCCGUGUCCGCGUCGAGCUUUCAACAGGCCUCUCCAGGAAGGGCCGUGGGCGUCCAAGCCGACGCCAGUUUGAUCCUAAUGAUCGGUGUUACCAGUGUGGGGACCGGGGGCACUAUGCCUACGACUGCUACCGCUUUAGCAAGAGAGGAGGAGGAGGCCGUCGCAGCAGCAGGUCUCACUCUCGUUCGAGAUCUCGCUCCAGAUCCAGGUCCCGUGGGCGUCGCUAUCGUUCUCGCUCCAACAGCCGUAGCCACAGUCGGAGCCGUCGUCGAUCUCCAUCCUACUCCAGGCGCAGGAGCAGGUCUGGCUCCCAAGCCCGUUCCAAGUCCAGGACUCCAGCGAGAAGUCGCUCCAGAUCUAGAUCUCGUUCUGGAUCUGCACCCAGGGGACGCUCCGCACCCCGUGGGCGCUCUGCACCCAGGGGGCGCUCUGCCUCUCGCUCCCGCUCUCGGUCCCCAUCAGCCAACCACAAGAGGAACAGCGUGUGGUGGGAGCUGCGCACUGCACUGACACCACAGCUGAUCCCAGGCCCAGGGUCUGCCAGCUGGCGGUGUGUACGUCCUGCGGGAGGGUGACAUAGCGCUGACCUGAGAUCAGCCUUCGUCUGCACCUGGUGUUAGACAGCGAGAAAGAGGUCGACCUACAGACCGAACCCUCCCUACAGUGAAAGGGUGACCGUCUGUUCAACCGACGCACACGCUCAGACGAGAUCAGCCCGCGCACACAUUCAGUUGUUCUACUAGAGUCACCCAGACAGCCUUCAGAUCUACCAGAGGGCUGACCACACAGAUCAGAGUUCGACCACUACCUUUAAAAAUCCAUAACCUACCUACCAGACCCCCGUAUCUACCUACCAGAGUUCUUCGGCCUCUGACUUAGCUUCUGAAAGUGAGAGAAAGAGCUGACGAGAGAUCAGUCUUCAAGAGGCUCCCAGCGCAGUGUCUCUCCAAGUUGUAGUCAUCCGUCCUUGAGUCCUUUCAUCCUUCGCUUCUCUGUACUUGUUGUUUCUGCCACUGUCUGCAAAGGUAACCAAAAAAAUCCAACCCCCUGACUAGCUUAUGUUCAUGGUGACAGAAAUAUGUACAGGUUUGAAAUAGUCUGGGAAAACUGGUGACUUUUUAAGCUAAGGUUGAGCCUUUUAACAUGCAUGCUCAGAGUACAAAUGUGUGAGAGUGUGUGGAUGAGAAGUGGAAAGCAGCAUGAAAUCUAUAGGCUGAUGUGUGGGGGGGGCUUGGUAAGAUAUUAUUUUAUUAUGUGUCACAAUAUCAUUACCAUUUAAAGCCAUUAAUGUCUUAAUUUUAGUGUUUAGUGCAGUCUCUCUUUGGUCACAUUAGAGGUUUCCCACCCUAGAGCCCGACCGAUAAAUCGCCCAGCCGAUAUUGGCAGAUCAAGUGACCACCAGUGUCGGCUAAUUUUAUCGCAGAUAUUACUAGAUUUAUAUACCAGACAAAUCGCAUUUAAUUUGAGUAACUAGCAGUUUUCUGUCGCCAGCAGAGGGCGCUGUAAGCAUUUUAACAAGCAUCAAAAUGUCAAGCGGUGACGCACGUACAUGUGCACUUACUUUCCAGUUGAGUGACCAUCUUGUAUUUGUUAUUCUUUAUAUCUUUUCCACAAGUCUUUGAUACUUGCGUUUUAGAGUAUCUGUAGAGAUAGAUAAAAAGAUAUCGGCAUCGUUUUUUUUUUUUUUUCUUCUCUCCCCUUUUUCGAUAUCAGCCCAAAACAUUCUAUAUCGGUCGGGCCCUAGUUUGGGCCUCAGUCCACAUUUGAGUGUUAUUAAAGGAAUAACAAUCUGUUCAGACUAAAGCAGACUUAGUGAAGGACUUAUAUGUGAAAGGCUGUUGAUUGCCUUUGGGGAUUAGAUUAUGUAUUUAGCUUUUUUUAACAGGACAGUUAUUUCUCACAAACUUAAAGAUUAGUGUCCUUAGUUUACAGAUUAAACUAAUUAGUGUGUUUUUGUGUUAAACAUUGAUCUGACAAGUCAAAGUUGUUUUCAAACAUAUCAGGGCCAAUCCAUAAUUAAUGAAGUGUUUAGCAUUUUGUUGUUUUUUGUGACCUUUCUUUCACCCUCCCCUGUGGCAUGCUAACUCCUCUCCGUUUCUGUUUCAGUCGUUCCCGAUCAGCAAGUCCAAACCGGAGCCCUACUCCAGCAGAAGACUGAGUGAGGAAGAUUAUAAAUCCCACCUAAUGCUCCCCCUUAACAGACAGACCCUCCCUCACCCCUGCUUCAUGUCUGCUUUUACAACCUAGCAGCAGCUAUUUUUUUUUUACUUGUCUGUCUCUCCCCACAGUUGAGUUUAAGUUAAGUAAGUUUACUGAGGAUUAGUUUUCUCCAACAGGGGUGCGGAGCUACGGCCUCGGAUUGCUGAAGAUUUAGUCAGUGUGGUGAAAAAACAUCAGUUUCUAUUUGAUUGUUUUAAAUGUUGUUGUGAUUAUCUUCUUACGAGUCAUGUUUGCAGUGUAAGAAUCAGCACCUAUGUUCAGGUAAUUCUGAAUGUCGAAGACUUUUAACAGGGAUUUGGAUCAUUCUAGUGGAAGCUUGCCCUGUACGUAUGUGCAGUUUGUAAGGGUGAGGACAUUGCAUCUUUUAUUCUCAAAGGUAAAAACUCUGAACCUUUUCCUCCCACAACAUAAAAAAGGAGACAUCGUGGAUUUUUUUUGUACGCCCUCCCUUUUUUUAUAUUUUUGGGUUCAUUAUAUGAUUUAUGAAGACAGUUUAUGGUCUGCAUGCCUCUGAAAAAUGGUCACAUUCCUACUGCUGAUUCUCUCUGUGCUGACCUGCCCUUUUUACAAACAUGAACUUCACUGUUAGCUGAAAAAAAGGUUUCCGUUUGUGUUGAUCCCCGAUUUUUGUUUCUGUGAAUUUUUGAUUUUAAAAUCGAUACAGUGCUUCAGUUUGAUUUCUGUAAUGGCGGCUUUAACAGUUUUGUUCUGUUCCUGGCUCAUAUGGUAAGACAGUGGCAGUUUUAUUUUUGAAUAAACCUCUUCAACAUA